AUGUCGUGGUUUAGAGCUACUGAUCCAGUUCAGGAGUUGGAUACAAAAAUCGAACAGGCCACAUCGGAAUCUAUUCCCAAUGGGGAGCUAGAUAUAGCUGUGGGGCUUGAGAUCACCGAUAUAAUCCGAAGCAAAAAAGUUCCUGCCAAGCAGGCUAUGCGCUGCUUGAAGAAGCGAGUGACAAAAGUGUAUUUGAAUCCCAAUUUGUUGACCUCCACUUUGAAGCUCGUGGACUUGUGUGUUAAAAAUGGCGGCAACCAUUUUCUUGCUGAGUUCAAUACGAAGGAGUUUAUUGACUACUUGGUGGACUAUAUUUUCAAAGUGCAUUAUGAUACAAAAUCAUACAAGGUCUACUCUUCCGAAGCGAAGUAUGGUGUGAGCACGCUUCUCUUGAAGUUUCUCAAGGAGUGGUCUCUCUAUUUCAAGGGCCGUUUCGAGCCCAAUUACGUCGAAAGCCACUACAAGACCUUGGUGAACCAGGGCUACGACUUUCCGGAAGUAGAUGUGGCUGCUGUAGAUGCUGGAGCAAAUUUUAUCGAAACUACAGCUCCGCUAGAUUGGUUGGACGGGAAAGAGUGCAUGAUCUGUUACACGCCAUUUUCAGUCAUGAACAGAAAGCAUCAUUGUCGUGCCUGUGGUGGGGUGUUCUGCCAGACACACUCGAGCAAAAAUAUCCCAUUGUUUUCGCUUGGAAUACAUCAACCAGUGAGAGUCUGUGAUGAUUGCUACGAGAUCCACAAGGGAAAGAACGACAAGGAGAGAAAUCGAAGAAACAACGGUGCGUCAGGAGCAGAGAGUGUUCCUGUGGCUGAUUCUGAGGAAGAUCAGAUCAGAAAAGCAAUCGAAUUGAGCUUGCAAGAAACUUCCAUUCUGGCGGCUCCUGCUUCAACGCAGCCUCCACCUCCUCCUCGUAAUCCUCCUACUCAAGAAGCAGAAGAGGAUAUGGACCCUGAUCUUAAGGCUGCCAUUGAAGCAAGUUUGAAGGAAGCUGAAGCAAGCAAACAGCCAAAGCAGUACGUGGAGGAAAGACAGGAACAACCUCCCGCGGCCGCACCAGAGGUGGAUUUCUAUCUGAACAUCAUGCCAUUUGACACGAACACCUAUGCGGCUCCCGCACCAGCACAGUACAAUGAGACAGGAAUGGAAGCACCAGUAUACAAUGCACCAAACUACCCACCAAACGUUCAGGCAGCAUACACCGGCGUGAAUCAAUUUUCAAAUGUUCAAGGUCCCCCACCGUACGGAACUAGUGGAAGUGUCUUUGAUGCUACAAACCCAUGGAGCCAACACCAAAAACAGCAGCAGCAGCAGCAGCAGCAACAGCAACAGCAGCAACAGCAGCAACAGCACCCAAGAGGCGGUUCUCAACCAACAGGAAACCCUGUGCGGAUGGAGCCAAACAAGACGAGCGAAAGCUUGACUCCAGAGGAGGAGGAUGCAAUUAAUCUCUACAUUCGCUUGAUGAAUGGGAUCAAGAACGACCGUGUAAAACAGGCUAACAUUAUCUACGACAAAGACUUAAGUGAGUUGAACGCUAAAGUGGUGAAGCUAAAGCCAAAAUUGAACAAGUCUCUUCGCUCGGCCAUUGAAUCAUAUGGUUUUUUCUUGCAAAUGAGCAAUAAGAUCAGCACCAUCACUCGUCUUUACGACCUGUUUUUGGAGACGAAACUUAACAUGGCUUACAACAUGCACAACAUCUCUUCUUCGGCCGCUGAAUACACGGGUGCUAGUUUACCCAAUGUCUACAAUGAGAGUGCUCAUAGGUAUUCUUCAGAUACUUUGGGCCACAACAAUGGUGCUCAAAAACCUGUGAGACCAACGAUUGAUACCCAGUCUGUGAGACCCAGAGGUUCUCGAGUAGCAUCAUUUACUGGGUCGCAGGUUUCUGAGGUAGAAAAGCGAAAACAGGGACCUUUUGUUGACUCACCUUACUCACAUCCAGAACAGAGUCGCUAUGAUAACCAAUCGCAAAAGUAUGGUCUCACCAAUAGAUCCAGGGGAAAUCUGCAAACAACCCCGUACCCUGUUGACGAUGGAUCACAGUAUCCAGGUUAUCGUAAGGUGUAUCCAGAACCAAACGAGAGGCGGAGGAGUCAACUGAGCUACGGACGGAACAUGUCGAAUCAUGGGUCUUCUCAUUUCAUGCCAAGCCCAUCUACGUUCCUCCCAGGCGAUGCAAACACAAGAAACAAACCAUCGGAUGGGCCUGAUAUCGAGAAUGGAAGUUCGACUCCGAAUGAAUCAAGUUUCGAGCCUAGCGCACCUAACUUUGAGCCUAGCGCACCAAGCUUUGAGCCUAGUGCACCUAACUUUGAGCCUAGUGCACCUAACUUUGAGCCUAGUGCACCUAACUUUGAGCCAAGUGCACCUAACUUUGAGCCUAAUGCACCUAACUUUGAAUCCAACGCACCAAACUAUGAGCAGACUGAGGAAACCUUUGUACCCGAAGAUAAAAGGGAACUUGAAUACGGACCAGAAGCGAACUUGCCCAGCACUUACAACCUGAAGACAUACCGCGAGAGCUCUAGCCCUACUGUGAGCAAAAAUGAAUCCAAGCGUCGCUCCGUGUACCCGUCUGAACCCUCAUAUCUCCCUGAGGAUAAUAGCGACUCAGAGAGUGUUGCAAGCAUGUAUCCCCCAGUUCCCGGCUUUUCUGAAGAAGAGGAUAAGACACCUGAGCCACACAAGGAGCAUGCGUCCACUCGGUUUCCUUCUCUCAGUGAUUUGAAGGAUUUGAAUUCGUCUGGCACCAGUCUUCCUGACGUGAGAAAGACUCUGUCGCGCGAGUCUAAACGGUAUAAGUCAGAGCCCGAACCGCUCAUUGAAUUGUGA